GAGCGCGCGGCGCGCCGGAAGUGCGUCAUCGCCGGCGGCCAGGCGCGGGGUGAGGGAGAUGAGCAAGGGCCGCGAAGGCGCAGCGGUGGGCGGAGGCCCCACCGCCGUGUUGCUGCGGUAUCUACGGGAGCAGAACCGGCCCUACAGCGCUCAGGAUGCUUUCGGGAACCUGCAGCGGGAGCACGGGCUGGGCAAGGCGGCCGUGGUGAAGGCACUGGAGCAGCUGGCACAGCAGGGCCACAUCCGGGAGAAGACAUACGGGAAGCAGAAGAUCUACUUUGCCAACCAGGAGGAGUUGCCAGCUGCCAGCGAGGCUGAGCUCCGCAGCCUGGAUGGGGAGAUCACUACACGUGCCGCCGCGGUGCAGGCACUACAGCAGAAAUGCCGGCAGCUGGAGGCAGAGCUGAAGGACCUAAACAGCUCCAUGACGACCACCGAGAUGGCCAGGGAGCUGGAGGAGCUGCGAAGGGAGUGCGACAGUUACUCAGAGAAGCUGAAGAGGAUGAAGUCUGCCACCAACCACGUCACUCCGGAGGAGAAAGAGAAGGUCUGCAGCGAGCAGAAGCUGUACUGCAAGGAGUGGCGGAGGAGGAAGCGAAUGGUAACGGCCGUGCCAUCACGUAGGGCAACCGAGCUGCUGGACGCCAUCCUGGAGGGAUACCCCAAAAGCAAGAAGCAAUUCUUUGAGGAGGUUGGGAUAGAGACGGAUGAGGAUCACCACGUCACGCUGCCGGAGGCUGUGUGAGGCGCUCGUGGGUUUUGCACCAGGGAGAAGGAGCUGGAGCUGAUGGUGAAAGUCAGUAGUUGGGUUCUUUUUCCCCCUCUUUUUGCAGGGCUUGGGCUUGUCCUGGGUGUUUGUAUGCAUUUGUUUCACAGUGCAUUGGAGGGAGUUGCUUAGCACUGCGACUGUUUGUUUGCAGAGGGAGGAUCCUUUUCCUCCUCCCUCAGCUUGUGGGGCUGGGGGGAAAGGGAGAUGCACGCACUGUUGUGGAGCCCUUGGUGUUCAAGUAGGAAAAGGUAGUAAUUGCCUCUGUGAGGGAAUAAACUGGUGACUGUUAUGG